GUUAAUCAAUCAGAACUUUUAUAGCGAAUGACAGAAUAAAAACCAAUUAUAAUUAAUUAUAAUUAAAAGUAGGCCUAUAAGGAAGGAAUUUAUUUAAUUAUUGGAAUCUAAUCUAUUGAAAAUUCUUUUAGAGUUUCACAUUUUACAAAAAAGAAGUAUUAUGUAGAGUGCAAGAAUGGAGAGUUUAUUUAUAGUAAAGAUGGUGGAUUAUUAAGAAAGUGAGUAUUAAGUUAUUUUAGAGAGAAAAUUAAAAAAAAUUCUUAUAUCAUAACUACUUUUGAUUAAUUGUCAAGCUUAAAAUGGGGAAUUGAAUAUGAAAAACAGAAUAUGGCAAAAUGGUGUCCUAUUUGGGAUUAAAAAAAGUUAAAUGCUGGAGGAUAUAUUAAAGAUGAUGAUUGCAAAAUUGGAAAGUGGAUUGAUUUAUCUGAGAAUUUCAGCAAGUAAAUCUUAUUAGAAUAAACUUUAAGCAUAUCUAAGGUUACACAUGAAGGUGUAUAUGAGGAUGGAAUAAAAAUUGGAAGAUGGGUAACUAUAUAUUCAGAAAAAAUCAUGUAUUUAUUUAAUUUUAUAAAGUGGGGAAGGCAUUUAUAAUUCAAAAGGAAUGAAGAAAGGAAAAUGGGUUGAGAUAUAUUAAAGAUUUUCCGAGUAUUACAUUUUUUGAUGAUUAGCUGUUGUUAAAUUACCUUUCAUGGAGAGUAUAGAGAAGGAAAAAAAUUUGGGUUAUGGGAAAUUUUGCAUACUACUCCUAAAAAAAAAUAGAUUAUGUAAAAUUCAUAUUCAUGAACAUUAUGAAGUGGUGGUGGCUUUUAUGGAUUCGAAGAGUAAAAAGUAGGAAGAUGGAUAGAAUAGCAUGAAAAUUUCACAAACUUCAUUGAUUCUAAUCAGUAUAAUUGUUAACUUCUUUAACGUGGCAAUUAUUAAUAUGGAAAAAAAAUUGGAAGAUGGGAUAUUUUAUUCUCAAAAGAUCCGAUUUCUCUAUAAAAAUUCGAAAUCAUGUACUAAUUUAUGUAUACAUUUUAGAGGAGGAGGUAUUUAUGAUGAAAAUGCAUAAUAGUAGGGAAUAUGGUUUGAAUUAUCUGAAAAUUUUGGAAAGUUUAAUAUUUUUUUCAAUUAUUAGAUAUAGUUAAAUAAGAUCUUUAGGUGAAUAUUGGAAUGGAAAAAAAUAUGGAAGGUGGAAUACUUAAUUUAGAGAUUAUCAAGCUACUGAUUUUAUUAAAAUGUAAUUUUACUUACUUGAUUUUAGGGUUGAUGGAGAAUAUGAUAAUGAAGGAAACUAAAAGGGAAAAUGGAUUGAAUUAUUUGAGAAUUACAGAAAGUACUUAUUUAUCAAAAUAAUUAACCUAGUGAUAUCUAGAUUAUAUACACAGGGGAAUAUAAAAAUGGUAUUAAAUAUGGGUUAUGGGAUAUGAAAAAGAGAAACUAUUUUAAUAAAUAGUUUAUAUAUUUGUAAUCAUUAAUUUAAUUUUAAAGCGCUGGAGGUGUUUAUAUUUUAGGACAGAAAAACGGAAAGUGGAUUGAAAUAGAUUAAGAUUCAUAUUAGAAAACUUUCUUGUAUUUAUAUUGACACUAAUUUAUUUAAAUUAGGAAUUAUACACAUUGCUAAGUUGUUUAAUAUAAGGAUGGUAUUAAGUCAUAGUAAAUCACUUGUAUUUAGGUAAUUUGA